AUGUCAACAACAGAGAACACAACAACAGUUAUAGUCCAUGAAGCUAUAAAUGAAGAAUACGAGUACAUACAGUUUAACAAACAACUCCGUCUCAUUCGUUCGGUCAAAGACGAUAUGUACCAAAUGCAAAGUAUUUUGACUGCAUGUUUUGCUCCAGAUACCAAACACGCAGACGAUUGGUUCAAAAACCGAAGCACACAAGAACUUUUGAGUGAAAUUUCUCUAGACCGAGAAUUCUCGGCCUUGCAUAAAACACAUGAAAAUCGUAAAAAUUUGCCAAUAAAUUUAAGAGGUUGGUAUGUUCAUAGACUUUUAGUAAAUGCCGUAGCAAUGUGGGCUUCACCUCGUUAUGCUUGUUAUAUUUUCAUGAUGUUAGAUGAAAUUCAUAGACAAGAACGUGAAGAGAUGGAAAAGAAACUUCAAGCAAAAGAUGAAGUCAUUGAAGCAAAAGACAAAAGCAUUCAGAAAAGAAUACCACGUUCGGUACCAAAAGGAAAGGAAAAGAACUAUAAGUAUAUGAUUUAUACUGAAGAGAUGGAAAAUGAAGAAGAUAAAGAUAUGGUUAUGUUGCAUUUAGUCAGAAGAAACAACAAAAGCUUUUACGACCUUGCUAAGAUUUACAAAUCUGACAGAAAUUG